AUGUCACUCAAUGAUAUGGAUUCUCGGGAUGGACCACUCGAGCCUAUCGCCAUCGUCGGCAGUGCUUGCAGGUUCCCCGGCGGAGUUUCCUCCUCAUCGGAGCUAUGGGAUCUGCUGCGCCAGCCUCGAGAUGUUCUGAGCGAGAUCUCGCAGAGCCGCUUCAAUGCCAACAAGUUUUACCAUCCUGAUAUGAACCAUAGCGGGACGAUAAACGUCCGCCAUUCUUAUUUUCUCACACAGGAUCCCCACAGCUUUGAUGCACCAUUCUUUGGCAUCAAACCCCUGGAGGCCGAUGCCGUCGACCCACAACAGCGUCUCUUGCUCGAAACAACCUACAACGCCCUCGAAGACGCCGGCAUCCCGCUGCCCAAGAUAAAAGGCUCACGGACCGGUGUGUUUAUUGGGCUCAUGACCGAGGAUUAUUCCAAUAUCAUUGGGAGGGACCUUCAAAACGUCCCGCAAUACUUUGCCUCGGGCACGGCGAGAAGCAUCAUCUCGAACCGGGUUUCCUACGUCUUCGACCUGCGCGGGCCUUCCAUGACCAUCGAUACCGCUUGUUCAUCAAGUCUCGUGGCCUUGCAUUUAGCAGUCCAAAGCUUGAGAAGCGGCGAGUCGGACUGUGCCCUUGUUGGCGGGUCCAACUUGUUGUUGAGCCCCGAGCAAUACAUCGCGGGGACAAAACUCAAGCUCUUCAGCCCAAGUGGCCGAAGCCGCAUGUGGGAUAAAGAUGCGGAUGGCUACGGACGUGGAGAGGGGGUUGCUGUUCUAGUCCUAAAAAGGGUAUCUCAGGCCUUAAGUGAUUGUGAUUCCAUCGAAUGCCUGGUCAGGGAGACUGGCGUCAACCAGGAUGGGAAAACAAAAGGCAUAACCAUGCCAAGCGCGGAGGCUCAGAUCGACCUUAUCAAGACAACGUAUCUAAGAUCCGGUCUCGAUCUGUCACGACCCUCCGAACGGCCGCAGUAUUUUGAAGCUCAUGGGACUGGGACACCUGCUGGGGACCCAAUCGAAGCGGAGGCCAUCAACAAAGCCAUUUUCGGUCAAGCCAAUCACCAGCACAGCGGAUCACAACCGCUAUACGUGGGCUCCAUCAAAACGGUACUCGGCCACGCAGAAAGUGCUGCUGGUGUUGCUGGGGUUAUGAAGGCGUCUCUUGCAUUACAACAUGGAGUUCUGCCUCCCAACAUGCUGCUAAACGAACUCAGUCAAACAGUCAAGCCUUUCUACAGCAACCUGCAGAUCCUUCAGGAGGCCCAAAGCUGGCCGCCGGUAUCAAGCGGACCACGGAGGUCUGAGAUCACUCUGGUGUCACCAUUCAACUUUUCUGCCGCGUCCGACAAGUCUCUUCGGGCCAACCUCAUUGCCUAUGCCGAUUUUGUCAGGGACACCUCUUCAAUAAGUCUACGAGACUUAUCGUGGACUUUGAAUGUUCGAAGGUCAACACUGUUAGCGAGGACCUCCAUCGCAGCAUUGACAACCGACGAACUCGAAAAGAAGCUGAGAAAGGCGGCAGCUCUGGAGACACCGUUCAACUCCCACACCCACCCAGGAGUUUCCGGUUCCAUUCUUGCCAUUUUUACCGGACAGGGAGCACAAUGGGCAACGAUGGGUUUGCAAAUUUACAAAAGUUCAGUACUCGUUCAAAACUGCUUCCAAAAGCUUCAAGCAUCCCUGGACUCGCUACCUCCCCACCACGCCCCCGGCUGGAAGUUAUGCGAGGAGUUGUUCAAGGAUCGCGAAAGUUCUCGUUUGGGGGAUGCUGCCAUCUCACAACCACUCUGCACUGCUGUGCAAGUGGCACUCGUCGACUUGUUCAUGGCUGCCAAGGUCAAAUUUACAGCAGUCGUUGGGCAUUCGUCGGGGGAGAUUGCCGCAGCUUAUGCGGCUGGGUAUCUUACGGCCGAGUCUGCGAUCCGAAUCGCUUAUUACAGAGGCUUUUUUCUUGACAUGAAUAGCGUUUCAGGUCAAAUGUUGGCGGUUGGCACUUCUCACCAGGACGCCCGAGAGCUUUGCGAGUUGCCUUCGUUGCACGGCAAGAUCACUAUAGCAGCUUACAACUCCGCCUCGAGUGUUACUCUUUCUGGGGAUUCGGAUGCCAUUCGGGAUGCAAAGGAAAUUCUUGAAGACGAAGAAAAGUUUGCUCGGAUUCUUCAAGUCAACCAAGCCUAUCACUCGCCCCGCAUAAAACAAUAUGCCGAUCCAUACGAAAAGGCGCUGGAAGCGGCCCAGAUAUCCGUCCAACAGCCCCCAAGAAAUCGUCCGGUUUGGAUUUCGACCGUGAUAACAGAACCAGCUGACAGGAUCGGUUUGGAUUCUCUGGCUCACAGCUACUGGGCCGAUAACAUGGUCAAACCGGUGCGCUUCCUGCAGGCUACUGAGUAUGCGACGGGUGUCUAUGGUCCCUUUGAUGCUGUGGUCGAGGUUGGGCCACAUCCAGUUCUGCAGCGUCCGACAACCGACAUCCUGCAAGAAAUUACGGGGCAAGACGUCCCCUACAUCUCGACCCUGGUUCGUAAUCAGCACGACACCUUGUCUCUUGCGGAAUGCCUGGGCUCACUCUGGGAAAUUAUCGGUGAUUCCGCCGUCGAUUUUGCCGCGUUCGAAUCAUCUGUGCACGGCACAUUCGCCGCACAGCCGAAGGUCCUCAAGAACCUUCCACCAUACACAUGGGACCAUGAUCGCCAAUAUUGGCAUGAGACGCGGUACACGAAAGCUUUCCUAACGAGCGGGGAUGUGCCGCAUCCCUUGCUCGGAACCAUAUGCCCUGAUGGGACUAUGCAGGAGAUCAAGUUCAGGAACUACUCGAGCCCUCAACAACAACCGUGGCUCUCACACCAUAAAAUCCAAGGCCAGGUUGUUUUCCCGGCCGCCGCUUACAUUUCCUCUGCGCUGGAGGCCAUUGCCCAACUUUACCCCGAGGAAAAGGAACUGGUUGAGCUUGCCGAUAUUCACAUCGGCAAAGCCAUCAUGUUCCCAGACAAUGGGACGUCAAUCGAGACGGCAUUGUCUCUCAAAAUACUUGAGGAUAAUCCUGAACGGCUGGAUGCAGAGUUUAUCUUCCAUUCCGAGGCUGUUGAAAAACGGUCGAACCAGAUGGUGGAAAACGCGAGAGGCAGGAUUCGGGUGAUCCGAAAUGGGCCAGUGAAGUCUCUUCCGGUCCCCAAUCCGGAUCAAGACAUAGGCGGGUUUGUGGAUGUCGACCCGGAGAGAUUCUACGACUGGGCAAGCGAGAAAGGUUACGGUUACGAAGGAGCCUUUCGAAGCCUGAAGCAUACCCGCAGAAAGUUGAACCAGGCGGUUGGUUCCAUCGCAUUUCCGCCAGACGCCAGAAAGGAUGGAUUUGCAAUAGCUCAUCCUGGUGUUUUAGACUGUGCUUUGCAGGCUGUUCUACUUGCGUACAGCUACCCAGGUGAUGGGAGACUUCGCUCGGUCUAUCUACCUACCAAAAUCGACUUGAUAAGGGUAACGAUGGCCGGCUGGCUGGCAGAAUCUCAUCAACCCGACUCUUCCUUCGCCUUUGCUGCAUCUGCUGACUCUUACCACGGCGGGGAGUUUGUUGGAGACGUCGAUAUUCAGGCAUCCUAUGACAAUGGUAUCAUUUUCCAGCUUCAGGGUCUUCACGGUGUAGCAUUGGAUCCCCCAUCGCCAGAAAACGAUGUGAAUCUCUUUAUCGAAACGUCCUGGGGCCCAGAAACACUUCAAAGUUCACCGACUCAUUGGAGCGGUCCUGUCUGCUCAAGCUACCGAGAUUUGGCGCUGUUGUUGGAAAGAGUUGCCUACUUCUAUCUUCGAAAGCUAGCAGCACUUUUUCCACCCAAAAGCAGAAACGGGUUGCCGUGGAAUUACCUCCGUCUUCUGGACUACGCGGACUCCUGCUUGGAAAGCGUUGAUGGUGGCGAACACCGGCAUACAACCAACACGGACUUGGAGAUACUUCGGGCUGUCGGUGAAGGUUUACCCAAGGCCCUUCGUGGAGAAUUGAAUCUUCUCGAGACGAUCACCAACAACGGUCUCUUACGAAAGUACUACCAAGAUGCCUUGGGUAUGAGGGAGUAUCUCGGGGAGAUAUGUCGUGUGAUGCACCAUGUGUCUCACAGAUUUGCUAACCUCAACAUUUUGGAAAUUGGUGCUGGUACUGGAGCUGCCACAACCUCGGUCCUCGCGGCGGUUGGACACGCUAUUGGGUCGUAUACAUUUACCGACAUUUCCAGCGGCUUUUUUCCUGAAGCCCGGGCACAAUUUGCGUCCCAUCAGCCGAAAAUGAUGUUCAAGACCCUGGACAUCGAGAAGCCGGUUGCGGAUCAAGGAUUCACCGAAAUGGCCUAUGACGUGGUGGUAGCAUCCCUAGUGCUGCAUGCCACACGUAACCUUUUGGCCACCAUGUCCAAUGCCAGAAGGCUCCUCCGACCUGGCGGCUACCUCAUCAUACUAGAGGUGACAGACAAUACUCCAUUGAGAUUGGGGCUCAUAUUUGGAGGCAUGCCCGGUUGGUGGCUUGGAGACGCGGAUGAUCGGAAACUCUCCCCAUGCGUCUCCAUCCCGGCUUGGGGGGAUCUUAUGCGCAAGUCAGGCUUUUCUAGCAUCCACACCAUCGCUUCCCACAGCAAAGACCUUCCUGUUCCUCUUUCGGUAAUGGUCACACAAGCUGUGGACGACCGAGUAAAGCUUCUCAUCGAACCCCUGAAUCCGACGAUUAAAUCAUAUGGGUUUGGUUGCGUCGUCAUUGUUGGAGAGCAUACAGCAUCUAGGACACUGGCCGAGACCGCCGUCAAGCAUUACAACACCAUCGAUCUCAUACCAUCACUCCAUGGAAUAGGAACCGCCAACGUUCCCCUGUCAUCGACCGUAGUCUGUAUGGUCGAUCUAGGAGCAGUGUCGAUAUUCCAGGACUUGAAAGGUCGUGAUUUAUCGGCCCUGCAAACCAUCUUCAACCGCAGCAAAAUAGUCAUCUGGGUGACAGCCGGCGCCCAAGAGACCAACCCCAACAAGGCGAUGUUCAUCGGCCUCCAAAGAACACUCGCGCUUGAACUACCCCAUGUCCGGAUGCAGAUCAUUAACUUCGAACGAGAAGCGGAUAUCGACACCCAGGUAAUCGCAACCAAGCUUUUACAACUUGAAGCAUACGGUCUUUGGGAAAGCAUGAAUCUCCCGACUGAUUUUCUCUGGCAUAUUGAACCGGAGUUGACAGUGCGAGAUAGUCAAGUUAUGGUGCCGCGGAUGCGGCUUGCAAAGGCUCGGAAUGCAAGGUACAACGCUGCGCGACGGCAACUGACCAAAGCGGCGGCGGCCAAAAGCACGCUCGGUAUCUCCAUCAUCGACAGGGCAGUUAACGGCAAGGGAAUCCUCAUCGUUAGCCCACCUCGGUACCUCGGGGAUGUCUUAGCAACGAUCGCUGCUGCGCGAGGCAUCGACUUGGGUCUCGUCACCACUGACCGGGCGAUUGGGAAUAUCGGGAGUCCCUGGGUGUUUAUUCAUCCAUUGGACACAAAAAGGUCGAUUAAACGUGUACUUCCACCGGCAAUCGGAAUAUUCUUGGACAUGGGCAAAAACACGGAGAUUGGUGCUACAAUCCGGGCAUGUUUGCCCACGGAUUGCCAACAAAUAUACCUUCCCGGGUUGAGUGAAGCCUUCACCCGGUGGAUGGCGGAACACGGCGCCAGGCAUAUUGCUAUCUCCAGCCGGAACCCCGUCAUUGAACGGAGUUGGGUAAAGUCCAUGGCCACUUUGGGAUGCAAUGUGAGAUUGUUUGAUGGUCGGUCCGUCCAAAACGUGUACCACAGAAUCACCGGAUCGAUGCCGCCUAUAGCCGGCGUCGUCCAAGGGGCCAUGGUGUUGCGAGAUGCUGUUUUUCCAGAGCUCACGAUCAACCACUGGCAAGAAGUCACGAAACCAAAAAUUGAGGGAAGUAUUCAUCUUGAUCAGAUCUUCGACGACCCUUCCUUGGACUUCUUUGUAUUCAUCUCCUCUGUCGCUUACUUGGCCGGAAAUGCCGGGCAAGGCGUCUACUCCGCGGCCAACGCUUUCAUGACGAGCCUAGCCGCGCAGAGACGGAGCCGGGGCCUUGCUGCUUCAGUGAUCCACCUGGGCGCCGUGGUCGGCGUUGGGUACAUAACCCGUGAGCUGACCCCCGAAAAGCAACGGGCAUUACAUCAGGCCGGGUACUCCUUUCUAUCAGAGCAGGAUUUCCACGAGAUCUUUGCCGAAGGGGUUCUUGCAAGUCUGCCAGAUUCCGGCGAUGUAUUCGAAAUCUCAACCGGGCUGAGGCUCGAGAACACUGUUAAAGACUCCCCAGCAAAGUGGGCAAGAAAUCCAAUGUUUCACCAUCUUGUAACAAGGUCGGAUAAACAUACUGGGCUUGACGGUAUCAUCAACAAGCUGCAAGCUGUCCUAGGUUUUGAUGAAGAAAAGUUGAUUCUAGAAUUAAGUCCUGACGAACUUGCCAUCGAUUCACUCGUCGCCCUCGACAUCCAGUCCUGGUUCCGCGCAGAACUCGACGUGGAUAUCCCCAUAUUGGGACUGCUGAAUGCCCCGUCCAUUCGGGAAAUAAUUUUGGCUGCCCAAAACCUAUCAUUGGAAACCACAGCGAGCCUUAUCGCAGAACCUUCAGGCAUGGACCAAGAACUAGGCGACCUGUCAGCUCCCAGCGGCCCACCCACCUCCGUUUCAAGCAGCAACACCGCAACAACUCCCCCUUCCCCUACGAUGACGCCCAAGACGGAUAAUCAAAGCCAGCAUCUCCAAGACACCCCAGAGGUAUUUGAUACAAGCUUAGAAGGCAAAAGCUCUCAACUUAAGAAUGGGGGGAUCAUGUUCGAACGAACGGUUCCGCUCUCCUUUGCGCAGUCGAGAUUUUGGUUUCUUCAAUCGUUCGCUGAAGAUCCCAGCGCAUUCAACAUCACAUCGGUGCUUCGACUCCAGGGCCGCAUCGAUAUCGAAAGGUUGAGAAAUGCUGUUCAGGUUGUCGGACAACGACACGAAGCUCUCCGCACCGCGUUCUACACCGACAAGGUCACUAAGGAUCAUAUGCAGGGGAUUCUUCCAAUCAUGGUUCCCCAUCUGGAGACUGCGACAGUUCAGACCGAGCGUCAGCUCGAGGAAAUAGUGCAGGAAUUUGAGAGACAUGUGUACGAUGUGUCAAAGGGAGAAACGCUCCGCAUAACACUGCUUUCCUUGUCGGAAGCAGUUCACCGACUCAUCUUCGGCUACCAUCACAUCAUACUAGAUGGCAUCGGGUUCCAAAUCUUCUUUUUGGAGCUAGAAAAAGCAUUCAGCGGUACCCUGAACACAGCUUCAUCCGAUGUUCUGCAAUACCCGGACUAUUCACUCAGGCAGAUACAACAGUACCGUAACGGAUCAUGGUCUCAGGAAAUCGACUAUUGGAAGCAGCAGUUUGCGACCAUUCCAGAACCUCUACCCCUACUGUUUAUCUCCCACAGGCACACUCGUCUUGUCACGCCCUCCUUUCGGACGCACUCGAUCACAACUCGGCUGGACGAAGUUUUGCAGUCGCAGGUCAUCCAAACCUGCCGGCAUUUUAAGGUCAAACAGUUCCACUUCUUCACCGCCGUCUUUGCUGUGGUGCUCGCCCGUUAUGCAAACACCUUCCCAGAGGACCUUUGCAUCGGCGUGGCGGAUGGUAAUCGGAAGGAUCUCGAUACCACGCGCAGCCUCGGCCUCUUUCUCAACCUCCUCCCCUUGCGGUUCCGGCAAACACCAGAUGUCACCUUCGCAAAGGCGUUGCUGAAUGCCCAAAAGAUCAUUGAAAACGCCUACACAAAUUCUCGUGUUCCUUUUGAUGUGCUCCUUGGUGAGUUGGACAUCCGGCGGUCAGUUACCCACACGCCAUUGUUCCAGACGUUUUUGAAUUACCGCCAGAACAUCCGAGAGACGACCACGUUCUGCGGCUGUGAAGUCAAGGGUGAAUUGGUAUCGGGCGGCCGAAAUGCCUAUGAUGUUAGCUUGGACAUCGUGGACAGUAAUGAUCGGGGGAGCCUCAUCACUCUUACCGUCAACGCGGAUUUAUACGACAAACAUGGUGCCGCAGCGGUGCAGAACAGUUACCUCAACCUUCUUCAAGCCUUCGCCCAUAACCCUGCAGCUAGGGUUUGCUGGCCGCCUCUUCAUACCGAGGAGGACGUCAAGUUAGGAAUUUCACAAGGACAUGGUGCUGAGGUUGAUUCUCGAUGGCCACCCACAGUCGUGGACCGCAUUGACGAGAUGAUAAAAGCGCACGCCAACAAAGUGGCGUUGACUGAUGGCGCAGGAGAGAGCCUCACAUAUGCAGACAUGGCUCGCAAAGUCCACAGUAUUGCCACUGAGUUGGCAGCCCGAGGAGUGCAAAAGGGGUCUCGUGUGGGCAUUUUCCAGAUACCCGGCACGGCAUGGGUGUGCUCCUUGCUUGCCGUUCUCCGCACGGGAGCGGUUGGCGUGCCCUUGGACCUCAAUGUUGGCAUUGGCCGGCUAUCCUUAUUACUUCAAGACUGCAUCCCUCAGGUUAUCCUCGUCGAUGGAUCGACCUUCGGACAGAGCGGAUUUGUGUCCAAUUCGAAGGCACUGAUCUUGGAAGUGUCAACCCUUCCCAACCUACAACAUCCUAGGGCCACCAUUGUGCCAAACCAGGCCAAGGCGCAUGACGACGCCAUCAUCACAUAUACCAGCGGUUCCACAGGUGUUCCCAAGGGUGUGGUUAUACGGCACCAUUCGUACCAAAAUUUCCUCGAGUUUACGCUUCCCAGAUGGGGAAUCACGGAAGGCAAGCUAACCGUUCUCCAACAAUCGGCCUACGCGUUCGACAUUUCCAUUCUUCAAAUCUUCGCCAGUCUUUGCUACGGCGGGACCCUGGUCAUCCCAGAUCUUGCCAAACGGCGGGACCCAAGAGCGCUGUGCGACCUUGUGGCCUCGCAAGGUAUUACCAUGACAUUCGCAACACCGACCGAGUACCUCUCUUGGGCCAAACACGGCACCCAGCAAUUACGUGACUCACAAUGGCGGUGCGCCAUGACUGGGGGCGAACCCCUGACCAAUUCGCUUCUCGGAGUAUUCAAGUCUCUAACCAAGGCGGACCUCCAGCUGAUAAACUGUUAUGGGCCGACAGAGGCUUCCAUCGGAUGCGCAGAUAAAGUGGUAGACUUCCACAAAAGCCUCGAUUCUAACCUCGAGAUGUCGGUCCUGCCCAAUUAUAGGUUGGUUGUCGUUGACGAUGAUUUUCAACCAGUUCCUGCUGGCAUUCCCGGGCAAAUUCUCAUCGGCGGCGCUGGAGUAGCAGCGGGUUACCUGAAUCCGCCAGACGAGGGUGCCAAGGCAUUUAUUGUUGACCAACGGGCCACGGAGUUCCAGAAGUCUCGACGCUGGGUUACACUUCACUCCUCCGGGGAUCGUGGGCGAUUGAACCCCAACGGCGGGUUAGUUCUACAUGGCAGAAUCGGCGGCAGCACCCAAACCAAACUCCGAGGCAUUAGGAUUGAUCUGGCCGAUAUUGAAAACACCAUAAUAGAGGCCAUGUCACCUGAUGUGGUUCAGGCGGUGGUAUCCCGGAGAGAGGAUUCAGAAACAGGGGGAGAGUUUCUCGUGGCCUUCCUGUUGCUGUCUGGGGAUAACGCUGGUCCCGCCCCGGACGAUUACGUGGUCAAUCUCCCAGACGAGCUAUCUCUUCCACUUUAUAUGCGCCCCUCCAUGGCCCUCAUCGUCGACCAACUCCCAACCAUGGUCUCAGGCAAGAUUGACCGAGCAGCGGUGGACUUGAUCCCCAUCAAGGCAUCGUCGGCUUAUACCCCGACAAUCGAGGCUACCACCCUCAACACAACCGAACAGAUUCUGUUGAGUUUGUGGAGAGAGGUUAUACCAAACGAGAUUACAUGGCACCGAAGAAUUCGCAGCGACUCCGACUUUUUUCGGGCAGGGGGCAACUCCCUCGCGGUGGUGGACUUACAAGGCUUGAUCAAGGAGCGCCUCCAUAUCACGGUGCCCAUUUAUCGUUUGUUUGAAUCGGCUACACUUGGUCAGAUGGCUAUGCUUCUCGACCGUGGAACAGCAGCCUCCCGCGAAUCGCAAAACAAACCAGUCGACUGGGGCCAUGAGACCCAGCUCUCAGCGGACAUCGCGGAACUGGCAGCAGGGAGGCCAAUUGAUCAUGCUGACGGGAGCUUGGCGUUUCCCAGCACAGUUGUUCUCACAGGAUCAACUGGCUUUUUAGGCCAAGAACUUCUCCGUCAGCUCAUUGCGGACACGCGAGUUACACGAAUACAUUGCAUCGCUGUGAGACAAACCAAGGAACGGCUACCAAGCCUUUUCACAAACACCAAAGUCUCGUUGCAUUUUGGAGAUCUCGGAGACCGUCAACUAGGACUUCGCGAAGGUUCGACCCGGGAGAUCUUCUCUACCGCGGACGUUGUUCUGCAUGUUGGAGCAGACGUGUCAUUCCUCAAGUCAUACCCGAGCCUUCGACUAGUCAACGUGGCCUCAACAAAGGAACUCGUCCGUUUUUGUGCCCCUCGGAAUAUUUCACUCCACUUCGUUUCAUCAGCCACAGUUGGGCGGCUGGUCGGACAGAGCAUCUUUAGGCCGGGUUCGGUGAGGCAAUAUCCUCCGUCACAGGAAGCAGACGGCUACACAGCCUCCAAAUGGGUAUCCGAAGUCUAUCUCGAGAAUGCCAGCAAUGACUUUGGCCUCCCCGUCUGGAUACAUCGCCCAAGUAGUAUCACGGGAUCAGGCGCUUCCAAAACCGAUCUCAUGAGCAACCUCCUCCAAUACGCCCAACAGAUCAACGCAAUGCCCUAUUUGGGUGCGAAAGGGGGUUACUUUGACUUCGUUUCGGUCGAGACUACGGCUCGGAUGAUCAUUGAGGAAAUGUCCAGAAGCAUUCGAAAGCAGGAAUCCAAAGUUCAGUAUCUUCACGAAUCGGGCGAGAUUGAAAUUGCAACGAACGACGCUGAAUCGAUUUUGGGACGCCAAAACGGAGAACCAUUUAGGGUUGUCUCAAUUUCUGAAUGGAUACAACUCGCAACAGCCGCGGGCAUGGAUCCCUUACUGGCUCUGUAUCUCGAACGCUCCGCAACGGGAGGGGGGGUCCUGUUUCCGCGAUUGCUGGGGACAGUUUAG